AUGUGUGGGCGCCGCGGUGUUCCGCCGCGUCACGCACUGGGCCAGUACCAGGGCGGCAGGUGUCGCGCCGAGACACUACCCCAGCAGGAGCAGGUGGCGGUGAUCCCGCCUGCUGUUUCGUCGCCGCCGCGCGUCUGUGACGAAGUCGAGGACUACCGACAAGCCAUAGACACAGAACGGAACAUCCGGGGACUGCGGCACUACGACCCCACGAACACCGAUCGGGGCCUGGUCAGACGCCUAAUGGGUCCGAGAAUAGCCAGUGUCCAGAACCGGGAAGCAGGGGACUACCCACCCGACUACCCGCGACGAGCCAUCGAGGACGCACAACCACCCGCCGACCCACUGAAGUGCACCACCAUCACCAAACACCACAUCCCGACCACCCACGACAACCCACGACUCGUGAGUGGUUCCCCAUUUAGCAGCCAGUGCCUUAACCACUUAGACAGAACUAAAUGGCGUCUCGAGCGGCCGACAGCUCGAGGGGUCGCUGGUGUCCUGGCCCCCUGUUGCAAGCCACAAGAGAGCAGCUUCCAAGAACUCUCAUUGGAUUAUCUACCGCCACUGAGCUUGCUAUUCAGUUUCCCAAAGGAUUACCCAUCCUCAUCUCCACCUGAUUUCACUUUGAGCUGCCAGUGGCUUCGUCGUAAGGAUAUAACGAAGUUGUGCAAGAAGCUGGAUUCAAUCUGGGAUGAGAAUAGAGGCAUGGAGAUCAUGUACAUUUGGACCCAGUUCCUGAAAGAGGAUGCUCUCAAGUUCCUGGGGAUGGACAAGGAGCUGAACAUGAGCGGGAUGUACACGUACUACCUGAAGUUCCUGGAGCAGUGUGGCAGACGCAGCCGGAGGGGAGGGCGGGGGUCCCGGGCUGGCCCCGCGGAGCAGGCGAGGCCCUUGGCGAAGGAAGCCGGAGACGGUAGCGAACAGCCUGGACUAGCUGGGCACGAGCACCAGGAUGAGCUUAUUGUGGAAACUGCUGAAGGAAGUAAAACUGUGAAUGAGAGAGUGACACAGAAUUGUUGUAAAAAUUUGAAACCAUUGGAGCAGAAUUCUGCUGCCAGUGCAGUUUUGAGUCAAAGCUCAAAAGAGAAGCCAGUAUGUGCCAGGGGACGUAGAUACAACAGGAGGCGCAUGCAGAGAUCAGAGCUGAAAGGUGGGAGAAACAAACAAAAUAACUAUCUUGACACGAACGUAAAACUCGCUGAAGGCUGUGACAGGAGCAAAGUCUGCGUAUCGAUGUGUGACGAGUCAAGGACUGAAGUGAAAGGUGCUGGAAACGAUUGUGACAAACAUAGUGAUGUAAGGCACCUGGGUGCAAACCAUGCUAGAGAGUCGCGGCUGAACGACCGCAACAGUUCGGGUGCAGAGCACUCUGUGGUGAAUGAACUGAACCAGACUGGAUCGACUGCCAAGCUGGCCUUAGUAGCUGCCAACACACAUUCUUCUCAAGGGAGAGGCAGUGUGAGACAGCAGAGAUUCGAGAGGAGGUCAAGAAACAGGGGUGAAAAACAGGAGAGAGAAGCGAGGGAGCCUCAGGCCCGACGCAGGAGCAACACGCUUGAUAAGAGAGCCAUCGUGGACCUGAACCCACAGACCUCGGUCAUCCAACACCUUGUGGACUACAACAACCAGCAGAGGGAAUUCAAGUUCGAGCGCAGCUUGCAUACUUGCAAGAUUUGUUUUGAGGACAAGUUGGGUGUCUACUGCACGAAGUUCGAGCCGUGCAGCCACGUGUUCUGCUCGGACUGCACGGGCAGCUACUUGGCGAUGCGCAUCGCGGAGGGCACGGUGCUGUCGAUGGCUUGCCCGGAGGGGGGGUGCCCCAGCGAGGCCCAGCCGGCGCAGGUGCGAGCGCUCGUGGGGGCAGAGCUGUACGCCAGGUACGACGGCAUGCUGCUGUCCGCGGCGCUGGACACGCAGCCGGGCGUGGUGUACUGCCCGCGGCGCCGCUGCCAGUACCCGGUGUUCCACGAGGAUAAGAGCGACGAGAGAGACAAGCUGGCCACCUGCCCCGAGUGCCGCUACGCCUUCUGCGUGCUGUGCGAGAAGGUGUACCACGGCGUCGCGCCCUGCGCCAUCAUCCCAGCCGAGAAGCGUAAGCUGAUGGAAGAAUACCUGAAGGCCAGUGACGAGCAGAAGGUGGUGAUGGAGGCAAAGUACAGCAGGCAGCAGCUGAAGAACCUCGUCGACACCUUCCACCUGGAGUGGUCCGAGUCCUGGAUCAAGAAGAAUAGCAAGAAGUGUCCGCACUGCAACACAGCCAUCGAGAAAUCAUAUGGCUGCAACAAGAUGCUGUGCUGGAAGUGUGACACUGUGUUCUGCUGGCUAUGCAACAUGAGACUGGACAAGCUCAAGCCAUACAAUCACUUCAACGACUCUGCUUCGCCAUGCUACAACGGCCUGUUUCAGGGCGUCGUCAUGGACGAGGACUUUGAUGAAGAGUUUGUUGACUUUGAGGAAGAUUUUGGAGGUGAAGAUGAUGAAUUUAUCUAUGAACUUCAUUAAAUUUUUUUGCAGUGUUUUGGUGCCUAUUGUCACUUGGUUGUAUGAAUGUGUAUCAGUCUUAUAAACAAAAUACCCUUAAAA